CAGCUGUUCACUGGUAUCCAGGGUGGGGUUUGCUAAGUAAAGAAGAGCACAAAGCUUGGGAUACUGAAUGCACAACUUUCUUUCGAGGUAUUUUGCCAGCAGAGCAAGGGUUCUGGGACUUUUUUUAAAUUGACUUGUGCCCUUCUAGCGAGAAACUAUGGCAGAAGAGCAAACUGGACUUGAGGAGAGGAUAAUAAUAAAGGACCAGCACACAAAGGAAAUAGACCUGGUGAACAGAGAUCCAAAGCACAUUAAUGAAGAUGUUAUAAAGGUGGAUUUUGAAGACGUCAUUGCUGAGCCAGCAGGUACAUACAGUUUUGAUGGAGUAUGGAAAACCAGCUACACCACCUUCACGGUCAGCAAGUACUGGUGCUACCGGCUGCUUUCGGUUGUGUUGGGAAUCCCUCUGGCAGUCAUCUGGGGCUUCCUCUUUGCUUUAAUCUCCUUUUGUCAUAUCUGGGCAGUAGUGCCCUGCAUCAAAAGCUACGUGAUCGAAAUCCAGUGUGUCAGCAGAAUUUACUCCCUGUGCAUCCACACCUUCUGUGAUCCACUGUGCGAGGCCCUGGGGAAGAUCUUUAGCAGCAUCAAAGUUGCCCUACGCAAGGAAAUCUAGAGCAAUUGGUGGAGAAAACUAGCAGAAACAAUCACUCACCCAACAAUCACACUUUCGAAGUUUUCCUGAAAGACUGUGCACCAUAUUCUUCUCUCAGUUACAUUGGAGUAACUCCAAUGACACCUAUGCAGCUACUACACAUUCAAUCUAAUGUAAAGGAGAGCAGAACUUCCCCUGUAAUUAUUUCAUGGACCACAACCUUAGAUUAACACAUGCAUUUAUUAAGUAACAAAUAAGGGUGUGAGAAAGCUAAAGUACAUUUGGGUACAAUGCAAAAUUGUCUGUUUAGUUAGCCAUUAGCUCAAAAUAGUACCAGGAAGCACAGGUAUGUAAGAAUUAUUAUUGCUGCAAAUAGUGGUUGUUGUAAACGCUUUUGUUUUAAUUCGCAAUAUGCCCAAAGUGUAUGGCUUGAUGAUGUAAAUGACAAAGUUUUGUUUCUGUGUGUGUUUCCAUUUAAGCAAAGCUUUUAAAUCCAGGUAACCUUAUUGGGUACAUUUUUGACGGCUCAACAUGCUUUUUCGGGAGUGCAGUUUGUGUCUGUUGUUUUGUGGCUGCAAGUGCAUAUCAUGGCAUUUGGACCCCUUAACUAACUGUGGGAAUAAAUCAGAUAGUUAAACAUGCAGCUAUUACAAUCUGUAUCCAGGAUUCAAGGGCAGGCACAAAAACUGCAGACAAUUUUUUUCUCAGACCCAAAUUACACUUACAAACCAGACGACUGGGCCUCCCUACCACUUCCAAAUAUUUACCUCAAUGACCGCAAACAUAUUUGACUAAUUCACUUAAGUUUUGGCUUAUUUGUUGAGGAGGUGGGGGAUUUUGUGUUAUUUUCUUGUUUGAUCACAUGAUAAACUGGGGAAUUCAUUUUCCUCCCUAACUGCGUUUAGUCGUAGCUAAUCAGUCCUGUUGCCAUGUUUCUAUGUUCCCUGUAGCUACAGCUGUCUUAACACUGUAGCAAGAAUUAGCUAAAAUUCCUAGAAUUGUGGGGCCCCCCAUUAACAUCAGUGGCAUUGCACUGGUAUAAACAAGAAUAGAUUUUAGCUCAUUGGGCCUAAUUCAUUCAUGCAAUGUUUAACAAGAGACACCCGAGUGUAUUUAAUGCAGUUAGUUCAGAUAUACCUCCGUGUAAGCAAGAAGCGAAUGAGACCCUUUGUUUUCAAUGGAAGUUGCACAUUUCACGUCAGAGGGGUUUUGGCCCAUAAAAAUUAGGGAUUAAAAAAGGCCAUUCAGUCAAAUGCAAGGGUAUUUCCUACUCUGUAUUCUCAGGUAAUUUAUCCAGCCCGUGUUUAAUGAAUCACACAGUGAGGAACUCAUCAAUUCCCUAAGAAGAUUAUUCUGGAUGUAAAGCAUGUGGGUAAUUCCAUUACUAUCCAGCAAGGCACUUAAGCACAUGCUUAACUUUAAACAUGCUUAAGUGCCUUGUUGACUCAGUGCCUGAGCUAGCUUACUUUUCAGACAUUUUUCCUGGUAGGGUUAAUGGUCCUUUCCUCAGUUCAGUGCAUUGGCUUCCCACAAGUAGUAGGUCCCAGAUCCUCAAAAGGUAUUUAGGUGCCUAAUUGACUCCUCCAAUGACUACUAAGAGCCAAAUUCUCUACUGGCACUACUCCAAUGCCUUCAGGGAUUUGUGCUCUCAUUAUUGCAAAGUAAUGGCACUAAACACGCCAAUGACACUAACGUUUUAAAAGGACCAAUAGAGGAAAAAAAGAAUGUGGUGACUGAAAAAAGAAUGGCUCAUCUUUGUCUAAGAGUUUGCCUUAAACAGCUGUAUUGCUGGUCUAGGCAGACAUGUGAGUAUGCUCCAAGCUAUUCACUAUGGGACACAUUUUUAAAGAAACUUCAGCCUCACUUCUAAUUGUGCAGCCAGUGCAGGCAGAAAGGAUACCUAUUAGGUAACCAGCUAUGUGAUUUUAGGGCACAGUCAGGUAGGUAGCAGUCAAAAUGCUAUAAUUUGUGCAUAGAUUGCAGGUGCAAAACAUGAAAACCCAAAAGAUGACAGAAUUGCUUGAGAAGUUGCAUUGGAAUAGGACAUGUCCAUUGUUUCUGAGAGUGAGUUCAUCCUUAAAGAAACACUCUAAAUUGAUUCUUUGUUCUUUGCCUCUUAUGACCUGAUACCCAGAGAACAUCAUAUGGUUAUGAGCAAUAUAUUUAGUUUUUCACUGUAAUAAAAGUUAUAAUGAAAGGUGA